AGAGAGAGAGAGAGAGACUGCUGUGUAGUGAAGUGAUGAGGCAAGGGAAGUGCAGCGAGCUGUAAUGGUGGUUUGGCGGUACGUAAACACCGGCUACACACAAAGAUCGCGACAGCGGCGGCAAGGAAUCCGUUGACGUCGUCCUGUUUUGUUGCACCAUAAAGCAAACGAAAACACAAAAAGCGACGAGGCACGCAAAAGAGAGUGAGAGAGAGAGAGAGAGAGAGAGCGAGAGUGGGACCUGCGUGCGUAGCUUGUUGCACUAACGCGCAGUAGUAUGACACACAACCUGGGCAUGGCGUCGUACCGGCUACCAGGACCCGGACUCUGUCCGCCAGAUUUCAAAUCGCCCUCGGAAUCGCCCCAGCUCCCGAUAUCCGCCCCGAGCAAUCCGAAGAAGCGAAGGAAAACGUCGAACGUGGUAAACUCGAACGCGGUGACGUCGCAGCCGACGCCGACCCCGUCCCCCCAGGACCUGCUACCACCGCCCCCGACCGGGUACGGCGACACGAUAGUGGCCUCGAACCCGUUCGAUGAUACGCCACCGCCAACGCCUGCCUCGCACAUGGGCCACAUGGGCCAUCCACACGGCGGCCCCGGCCACGGGCCGGGCCCGGGCAUGAUGGGUCAUCUCGGGGGCGGUGCGAUGGGCCACGGUGGCCCGAUGGGUCCGAUGAACCACAUGGGUGGGCCGAUGCACGGAGGCCCCGGCCACCAUAUGGGCCCGGGGCCGAUGGGUGGUCAUCCGCAUGGGCCACCGCACGGCGGACCGAUGGGUGGCGGCAUGGGCCCGCACGGCAUGGGUCCGCACGGGAUGGGGCCGCACCAUGGGCCGGGCCAUGGGUCGCCGCAUCCGGGCAUGGGCCCGGGCGGACCGCCGCACGGCCCGCCGGGCAUGGUGGGCGGGCCGGGAGGACCGGGCGGACCACCGCAGGGACCGCCGAUGCGGGGCAUGAGCCCGAUGGGCAUGGGCAGCCCGAUGGGCCAUCACCAUCCCGGCAUGCACCUGAACUCGGGCAUGGGCCAGAUGGGCGGCAUGCCGCACGGGAUGCAGCGCGGCGGCAUGAGCCCGAUGGGCGGACCGGGCGCGCAGAUGGGUGGCCUUAGUCCGAUGGGUGGUGCCAUGAACCAGAGCAUGUCGCCGAUGGGUCCGAUGGGAGGCAUGUCCCCGAUGAGCCAGCAGCAGCAACAGCAGCAGCAGCAGCAGCAGCAACAGAUGAACAGCAAAUCGGUGGGAAGUCCGCUGAGUGCCGGCAACAUUGGCAGCCCGAUGAACUCGUUGCCGGGGAUGGGUUCGCCCCAUGCCGGUGGGGGCCAGGGAGGCGGCGGCGGUGGAGGAGGAGGAGCAGGUGGCGGUGGCGGAAUGCUGGGCAGUCCGAUGAACACGAGCGGGGGCCACCUGAACAACGGGCCGAUGGGUCCGCCGAUGAACAGCCCGCUCGGGAACGGCCCGCCGAACCAUGUGCCACUCGGGCCGAACUCGGCCGGACACAGCCAAACGCCGCAGCCGGUGUCCGCCGCGAACGUGACCGUCGGCGGCCAGACGUCACCGAACGUGGCGAUGAGCGGUGGACCGGGCGGCAUGAACAGUAGCAACAGUAGGAUGAACCUACCGAACGGUGCAAUGACAAAUCAGCAAUCAGGGAACUUAAAUCAAUUACCUCAUCAACUCGGACCCAUGGGUGCGAACCAGCAGCAGCAGCAGCAGCAGGGCGGUGGCGGCGGUGGCCCGCAGCAGAACAGUAGUCAAGGGCCUAGUAAUCAGCAGCCCGGUGGCGGCGGCGGCCAGCAAGGGCCGGGGUCUCAGGGACCGCCGGGCAGCCAGGGACCGGCCGGGCAACAGUCACAACCGCUACAGCCUCAUCCGCCGCCGCACGGUGGCCAGCAUCAGCAGAUGCCGCUGCCCCAGCAGUCACCCCACGCUCAACACAACCCGGGUGGCCCGGGCAGCGGCGGCCCCGGCGGCCCGGCCGGGCAGCAGCAGAUGAGUCCCAUGAUGGGUCCGGGUGGUGGCGGACCACCGAUGGGUAACAGCAUGGGCGGCCCGAUGGGUGGCGGCAUGAUGGGCGGUCCCGGCGGUCCGGCCAACUCGAUGGGAGGAGGAGGGGGCGGCGGCGGCGGCAUGAAUCAUCAUCCGCACCAUCACCAUCAUCAUCAUCACGCGGGCAAUCAUCAGGGAGGCAAUCCGCACAUGGGCGCCGGCAUGGGCGGUGCGAACAAUAUGCACCAUCACAUGGGUGGCGGCGGAGGUGGCGGAGCAGGAGGAGGAGGAGGAGGCGGUGGCGGCGGCGGCUUAAUGCCACCGCACGGGAACCUGCCGCCGGGCGUAGCGCCCCACAGGCCCCCGAUGCACGGUGGAAUGGGCGGCGGCGGCAUGGGCCCGGGCGGCAUGAUGGGCGGACCGCCGAUGGGUGGUCCGAUGGGUGGCCAUAUGGGAGGGGGAGGAAUGGUGGGCGGCGGCGGAAUGGUCGGCGGCAGCCCGAUGCAGUCGCCCCACAUGAUGGGGGGCGGCGGCGGCGGUGGCCCGGGCGGUGGACCGAUGGGUGGCGGCGGACCGAUGGGCGGACCGAUGGGCGGACUGGGACCGCCGGGCAAUGGGCCGAACGGGCCGAACCAUCACCACCACAUGGGCAUGUUCGGUCCGAAGCCGAUGCCCGUUACCUCCGGCAAGCUGUACCCGCCCGACCAGUCGAAAGUGUUCAACCCGCAGAACCCGAACGCCCCGCCAAUCUACCCCUGCGGAGGAUGCCAUAAGGAGGUGCAUGACAACGACCAGGGCAUCCUGUGCGAAUCUGGAUGUAACUUUUGGUUUCAUCGGACGUGCAGCGGACUGACGGAGGCGGCCUUCAACCUAAUACACGCGGAAGUGUACGCCGAAUGGUGCUGCGACAAGUGUCUCAACUCCAAAAACAUACCACUGGUGAAGUUCAAACCGUAGUAGAAGCGAGCCCGUAGCUCGGCCGCAGGACGCUGUACCGCACAGCGCAGGGCCUGAGCCACGUCCAGCACUGCUUACCUAAGUGACAACCACCUGCACCACCACCAUGUCUCUUCCCAUUUCCUUUGAUCCGAGUGGCUGAAGCUCUGGCAGGGGGAAAGGAAAGCGGCGGCGGCUCGACAAAUCGUUUCCCUCGCCUGCUUCUCCUGUGUUGUUAGAUUUAAGUGGGGACAGGGACAAGGGAACAGCGACAGAAAAAAGGAGCAGGGGCAGAGAGGUCGAGAGCCAUUCGCUUUUGAAAAGCGGCACCAGUGUGUGUGCGUGUGAGUGUACAGAGAGGUGCUUCGGGAGAUAGGAACUAGGAAAAGGGAGAAGAGGAUUAGCGACGCGCCAGAUGAAUGGGUUGGGUCCGUGUGUGGGCGUGUAUGUGUGUGUGUGUGUAUCAUCUUUGUGUCCGCUGCUUUUAGAAAGACUGGAGGAACCUAAAUGGGGAAACUGCUGGCACAUUAACUAAGACGAACUUGACGAAUCACGAAUGCUGUUCAGUUUAGUGAAUUUAAACGAUUCUUGACACACACACACAACAAAAAACGGUUCCUUUUUUAAUAUGACUGACCAAGGAUCAGCAGGAUCAGCGCAACCAUAAUUAAAGCUAGGAUGGGUGGGCUUUUGCUUCGUUAAAUUAUAAUGCAAAUUGAGCGAAAACGUAAGGGUUUACUGUGAGGAAAAAGGGGAUAAAAACAAUGUUUGAGAUUACUGUCCCGAAUGGAGGAGUUCUGCUUGUGAACACUUGCCAUAUCCUUGUUAUCGUUGGCUCAAAAGAGGACACAAACAAACACACACACACACACAUACACGCUUCACACGCAUCCAAUUCCAUCCUCGAUGUGUUAUUUGUAAUCGGGAAAGGUCGCGUUAUGGAACUUCUUCUUUAAAGCUUUUGAGUGAGAUUGACAGUUGUACAGUACAGAAGAAAAAAAAAACAAACCCAAAACACAUACACACACUACAUGUUGGAUUAGCAGUCGAAAUAGGCAAACAUACACUCACAAACAAACAAACAAAACAUACACACACACACAAAGAACUCAAAUAACAACGAUACCACAAAGUUGUGUAACCUGCAAUGUGUGCUGUGUGUGUGUGUGUGUGUGCAAAACAACAAAAACCCGGGGGGAUCUGUACAGAAACAAACGUGCGCUUGUGGGGGCUAGUGCGAUGGGGGACGGGCGAUGGUUGUGUAAAUGGUGUUAAAAGGAAAAGGGAAAAGAUUAACAAAAAAAACCCGCUAGCCAAGAGAAUUACGUGUAGCAAAAGCAAGCAAGCAAGCAAACAAACAAGAAAGUAACGUGAAUGAGUGAGUGGAUGCGUGUGUGUGUGUGUAAAAGUAAUAAAUGAAAUCAAAAAUGGCCUUCUCAAAUAUAUUGCAAAUAUUAUAUAAUGAUUUAUACAUAAAUACAUAGACUUUAAUGUAGCAGCUUAGGGGACAAAAGAGAAAGAGAGAGCGAGAGAGAGAGAAAAAACAGAUGAAAUAAGUUAAAAAGAAGACAAAACAAACAUGAAAACGAAGAAGAGAACAACAGAGCGCCGAAGUAGAACAGGCAUUAGGAAAUAGUUAGAAACAAUCUGCCACCUGCAAAAGAUAGGGAUGGGGGGAGUUAUGUUCUACAGCACCAUGCCCACGUACUGGGGAUGUACGGGCUCCCCCCCCCCCCCCAUGCAGCAGCAGAAGGUAGCAGCCAGAACUCGGGGUCGGGAAACGGACUAAAGUUAAUGGCAAACGUUUUAACAGAUAAGCUUAAGUAAAAAUAUUUAAAUUAUUUAAUGCGAAACUCUGCGAAACCCUCGGGAUUGUGGCGCGGGGUGCGGGGAAUAAUUCCCCCAUGGGAGACAAGCGAAAGAGAUUGAGUGCGUGCGGGCGUGUGAAGAAUGAUUGCAGUGUAGUGUGGUGUACAGUGUGAUUGAGCAAGUAGUGCGCGAUCGAUCGUUAAUCGGGAUUUAGAAUGAACGUGUGAAACGGCUCGCCAAAAAACGUUUUUUUUGCGUCUCAUGAGACACACACACACGAGGACAGAUCGAUUGCACCGGUGAAUCGGUGAGCGGAACGGUGGAAGCGUGUAAUGAAAGUGAUGAUGUGUAAAUUGAAGUUGAACCGAAGUAGGCUUUCGUCCUGACACCGUUGGCAGAAAGGGGAAAGUAGACACGUACAAAAAACACCACUCACCACUGUUUCUUUGAGGCGUGCAGAACACACACACUAAACCUAUUGUUUUAUCUUCACUCACUUUUUAUCUCGUCGCUCGCUGGAACUGGAAAGUAAAUUAGACAGAAAAAAACACAUACACAGACAGUACAGCACUUAAUUAAUAGAAAACACGGCAGCAGGAGCAACGGCAGACAACACUCGAGAAGACGUCGAUCAGGAAUGAGCUCCUCCAACAAAGUGAACUGGAACUGGAGUACACAAACACACACCACACCUAGUUACGAUUAUAGUAGGCUUUGGGGCAGUGUGAACAGUGGAGAAGGACAAUGAAUGUGAUAGUAGAGGGGAGGGAAGUCGGAGCUUUAAUUUAAUGCUGGUUUCAUGUAUGGCCAAGCUCUCAAAACGAGCUCAGGAGAAAUGUUUGCUUUUGUUUGCUCAUAAACUCGUGUUCCGUGUAUUGUAUAGAAGAGUGGUCCGCGAAAGGAUAUCAUAAGUGUUUCUCAGGUUUCUUUUGUGACACUUUUGGGCAAACUGUUGCUUAACUUAAAGAUGAAUAACAAGCAGCUUGCCUAUUAGGUGAAUCGUAAGGGCAGGCUUAGAAGAAGGCAACAAUAAUGGGUUAAUAGGUGCUACAACCUUUCGAAGGUGCUUGCGCAAACUUUACGGCAAGGCUCCGUUGAUUUCCGUUGCCGUUACUGCUAGCUUGACAGCAGAGUUUGUACAAUUAUUUUAAUUAUACAAAAAGUGGUGCUGCGACUCCAGCCAGAGAAAGAGAGCGAGCGAGAGAGACAGAGUGUGAGUGAAUUGAAACAUGGUUUACAUUGACACACGCAAAGAUCAUCCACAGCAACAAGCCACAAAACAAGCAACCACCCCCCACACAGGCAGCCGCAUCCCCAUUUAGGACUGUAAAAAACAACGGUCAACCCGCAAAAACCCGCCCCCGUACAGAGAAACGAAAGAUUGUUCAAUUUACCGUGUACAUAUAGAUGCUAAUGAUUAUUAUUUGUUAUUCCUUUAUUAUUAAUAAACAUUAAAUUUUUAA